ACUGUACUCGAAGAUGAUUUAGGCUCAUAAAAUAAUAUAUUGCUUUACAGAUAUCUUGAUUGGUAUCAUAACAACUAUGAUUAUGUUUCUUGUUUUACUUAAUCUUGCGUAGAUGCCUUAACUCAUUUAUAUUGAGAGCAACGACCAAAUUUUCCGGUAAAUCAUUCAAUUAGAAGUGGUUAAUGUUUAUCAAGAAUAAAGAUGAUGACUUUGAGAUGGGAAUUUAGAUUAAGAUCAAGAUCAUCUUUGGUGAAAUAUUUUUUCAUUUCAUUUGUUCGAAGUGAAUCUAAUGUUUCAAUGUGAAAAUGAUCAUCACUUGUGAAAACAAAUAGUUUGGACGUUUUGAUGCACAGCAAUGGAGCAACCGCAACUAAUAACAAAACCAUGUCGAUAUGAUAAAGUCUCAUUCCUGUCUAAGAUAUCAUUCUGGUGGAUUGCGCCCACAUUGAGAAUAGGAUUGAGUCGUGAACCGACUAAAGAUGAUUUGUACAAAUGUCCAGGAUCUGAUGAGGCGUUGAAUGCUACAGUUCAAUUUGAAAGGAAUUGGGAUCAAGAGAUAGAAGAUGGAAAGUUGAAAAAAAGAAAACCAAGUUUAUUAAAAGCUAUUGUUAGAACUUAUGGAAUGGAAACGAUCUUUUACGGAAUCUUGUUAACCAUCGAUGAAACAAUGAAUUUGGUUCAAACCUUUUUACUUGGCUCGAUAGUUCGAUACUUCUCUAAAAAUAACUAUAGUGGUGUUACUUGGAACCAAUGCUUGUACUGUUCAAUUGGCCUAGUAUUGUCUCUAUUCAUAUACGGGUCCCUUCGUCAUAAUAUUACUGUUUUUACGCUAAGACAAGGCCUUAGAAUUAAAACUGCAUUAACGGCUGUAGUUUAUAAGAAGAUAUUGACUUUAAGUAAAGCGGCGACAACGAAAACCGAUGUUGGAUACAUUCUGAACAUCGUCACCAAUGAUUUGUCCAAUUUCGAUGAGCUUAUGUACACACUAAUUUACAUCGUUUUAGGUCCACUGAUGGGAAUAGCUGUACUCAUUUACAUGAUACAAGUUUUAGGCCUCGCGAGUUUGGCUUUGGUCAUUGUUUUGGUUCUUCUCAUUCCUUAUCAAGCAGUUACAGGGAAGUAUUCAGACAAGUUUAGAGCUCAAAAAUCGAAGUUGACUGAUAAAAGAAUAAAGUUGAUGGAAGAAAUGAUUUCAGCAAUUAGAAUAAUCAAAAUGUUCACUUGGGAAAAGUCAUUUGCUGAUAUCAUUUCAGAGAUACGAAAAAAAGAGAUGCGUAAAAUUCGUAAUUCAGCAUGUCUGAAACUAAUGAACAUGGCUAUCCAUACAUCAGCACCAAGAAUCAUGGUUUUUGCAUGCUUAUUACUUCACGUUCUUCUUGGUCGACCAUUGACUCCCGAAUCGGUCUUUAUUACGAUAUCUUUAUGCAAUGCACUAAGAUUGCCUGUUACUUUUCACAUUGGAAAUGCAACAGGAUUACUCUUCGAAACUCUGGUUUCUGUCCGAAGAACUCAGGAACUGUUACUGCUUGAAACUCGUAAAACACAAUCAUUAACCAGAAGUGAAAAUGAAAGUUUGAACAAAGGCUCAGUAUACGUUGAUAAACUAAGUGCUAAGUGGGACAAGAAUUCAGAAAUAGUGAACUUGAAAAACCUUUCAUUCAAGUUAGAACCUGGAGAGUUACUGGUCAUUAUUGGAACCGUUGGUUCAGGAAAAACUUGUUUAGUGAUGUCUCUUCUCGAGGAGAUUGCUGUAGUUUCUGGUUCAUGUAAAGUCGUCGGAAGAAAAGCGUAUUCACCUCAAGAGUCUUGGACAUUUGCUGGAACAAUAAGACAAAAUAUUCUCUUUGGAAGAGAAUAUUCUCAAUCGAAAUAUUCUAAAGUAAUUGAAAGUUGUUCUCUGAAGAAAGAUAUUGAAUCAUUUCCUUAUGGUGAGAACACAUUGGUUGGUGAAAAAGGUUAUACUCUUAGUGGUGGACAAAAGGCUAGAGUUACUCUUGCAAGAGCCGUUUAUGAAGAUGCUGAUGUCUAUAUAUUUGAUGAUCCUUUGAGUGCCGUUGAUCCUGGAGUUGCUGAACACUUAUUCGACAAGUGCAUUAAUGGUUAUUUGAAAGGAAAGACUCGUGUCUUAAUUACACAUCAACUUCAAUUCAUUCGUCGAGCAGAUAAAAUACUAAUCAUGAAUGAAGGUGAAUCAGUAGCUUUUGGAACUUUUGAACAACUAAAUAAUGUUGGAAUUGAUUUUAUAAAGUUUUUAAAAGAGCCAAAUGAAAGUGAAACGGAAAAUCAAAAACAAGAAGAAAUGCUGUCAAUCGAUGAACUGUAUUCUGAUGAAGCAACUAAACAGAAACCAAAGAUUCUCAAUCCAUUAAAAGUUACAAAUGAAGUCGAAGUAGCAAAAAUAAUUGAAGAACAAUUGGAAUCUCGAGAAGAAAAAGUAACUCUUGGUUCACUUGGAAGUCGAGUCUAUUUGGAUUACUUCAGAGCUGGUGGAAACUUAAUAUUCAUAACAAUCUUCAUAAUAAUGACUUUCCUCUCACAAGGAAUAAUUAACUUCACUGAUUGGUGGAUAUCGAAGUGGUCCGAUGAUUCACUUGAGUUAUCACAAUCGUACAAUAAAACAACAGCAAACAGUGUUUUUGCAACUUAUUCAAGACCAUUCAUUACGAGAAAUGCUUAUAUUUAUCUCGGUCUCAUGCUUAGUCUGUUGGUAUCAGUGUUCAUGAGACUUGGAAUGAGCUAUCGAAUUUCUCUUAAAUCUUCCGAAACUUUACACAACCGCAUAUUUUCUAGACUAUUAAAGGCUCGACUUGUUUUCUUUGAAACUAAUCCUGUUGGUCGCAUCCUGAAUCGAUUCACUCGUGAUAUGGGAAUCAUUGAUAUUAUAAUUGCCAACAAUUUAGUUUUUAUGAACUUGAGCUUCGGACAACUGGUCGGGGUUCUAAUAAUCACUGGAAUUGUUCUUCCAAUCAUCAUUGUUGUAGCUGUAUUAGUUUUAUGUCUAAUGUGGUUCGUUAGACGAGUCUACCUACAAACAGCUCGUUUCAUUGUUAGACUUGAAGCUCAGACAAGAUCUCCAAUUUAUACACAGAUAGCAACGAGUUAUGAAGGGCUGAUGACAAUAAGAGCCUUUCAAUAUGAAUCCAAGUUCAUCAAGCAAUUAUAUCGUCUGAUAGAUGAUAACAAUUCAUGUAAAUUUAUAAAUUUUGGUGUUAGUCGAUUGAUUGGAAUGAUACUUGAUCUAUCAAUUGAAUUAUUACUGGCCGCGAUGCUGAUAACAAUUCUAGUGUUUCCUGACAAAUUUCCAGGUGGUGAGGUCGGUUUUAUUACAUCGACUCUUCUUUCAGUUUUCGGAUCCCUGCAGUAUGGGAUACGACUAACAGCCGAAUUCGAGACAAACAUGAUUUCCGUAGAAAGAGUUUUGGAAUACGGAAGACUUCCAUUGGAACCUUCAUGGGAUACGAUAAAAGCUGGAUUAUUACCAAAGACUUGGCCCAAUUUAGCUGACAUGGAAUUCAAAAAUGUUUAUCUAACUUAUCCUGGUUCCAUUAAACCCGUUCUCAAGAACUUAAACUUUACUGUUUCGAGUGGUGAGAAGAUUGGAAUUGUUGGUCGAACUGGAGCUGGUAAAAGUUCGUUGAUAUCAGUAUUAUUCAGAUUAACAGAGUUUGAUGGAAGUGUCAUCAUCGAUGGAAUCGAUAUCAAACAACUUGGACUUCAUGAUUUACGAAACAAGAUAUCGAUAAUUCCUCAAGAUCCAAUUCUCUUCACUGGAACAAUUCGAUCCAAUCUCGAUCCUCUAGCCGAAUAUUCAGAUGACUUCAUCUGGUCGACCCUAAAGACGGUCAACUUGGCUCGAACCAUCGAGUGCAUGCCUGGUGGACUGGAUGCUAUUGUUACUCAAGGAGGAUCCAAUUUAAGUUUAGGUCAACGACAAUUGCUCUGUUUAAUUCGAGCUUUACUUCAACGAAAUAAAAUUAUGAUUCUUGAUGAAGCAACAUCCAAUAUGGAUCAUCAAACAGACACUUUAAUUCAAGAAACAAUCAGAGCAGAGUUCAAGGAUUGUACUGUUCUUACAGUUGCUCAUAGACUUAAUACGAUUAUUGAUAUGGAUAAGAUUCUCUUGAUUGAUGCUGGACAAGUCCUUGAAUAUGGAGAACCUUAUUUACUCUUGAAACAAGAAACUGGACAUUUCAAGUCAUUGGUUUCGAAAACUGGAUCUUCAUAUUCAAAUAUGCUAUUCAAAGCUGCUCAAAAAUCAUAUUUCAUUAAACAUCCAAACUAAUAAACUUUCACAAUAUGCAUUCAUAAUUUUUA